GCCGAGCAGCCGGGGCCGGAGCGCGAGCUGCAGCCGGCGGCGGCGAGAGGACGCGCCGAGCGGUGUCCUGGAGAACUGAAAGCCCCGGGAUCGUGGAGGAAUUCAAGUGACACAGGCAUGGAGGACAGAAGACCUCGGCUGGAGGCCAGGCCCAGGAAUCCCCACACCAACCAAAGAGGGCCUGUGGAUGGAGAACUACCACAUAGACCUAGAAGUCAGGCCAAUAACCCAGCAGCCACUGCUCUCAGAGGAGGAGCCAACCACCCUGGAAGACACCCUAGGGCCAACAACCCUACUGUUCCUCACCGGCAAAGGGAAGAGAGGUUUGCAGCCAUGGGCAGGAACCCACAUCAGGGAAGGAGGAACCAGGAGGGGCAUACCGGUGAUGAAGCUAGAGACCAAAGACAUGGUCAGGAAAAUGACGCCAGGCGGAGAAACGGCAACCAGGAGGGUAGAAACCGCAGACCCCCGUGGUUCAAUGAGAAUUUCCAGCAGUGGCGCCCCCCCAGCCAGAAGCCUGCCGAGCAGCCACAGCAGGUGAAGAAGCUGGGCUAUAAGUUUCUCGAAAGCCUGCUUCAGAAGGACGCCUCCGAGGUGGUCAUCACGCUGGCCACCAGCGCAGGGCUGAAGGAGCUCCUGUCUCACUCCUCCAUGAAACCCAGCUUCCUGGAGCUCAUCUGCCGGGUCCUGCGCAAGGCCUGCAGCUCCAGGAUGGACCGCCAGAGCAUUCUGCACGUGCUGGGCAUAUUGAAGAACUCCAAAUUCCUCAAAGUCUGCCUGCCCAGUUAUGUGGUCGGCAUGAUCACCGAGCCCCUUCCCGACGUUCGAAACCAGUAUCCGGAACAUCUGAGCAACAUCAUCUCCCUCCUUCAGGACCUUGUAAGCAUCUUCCCCGCCAGCUCUGUGCAGGAAACGUCCAUGCUCAUUUCCCUCCUGCCCGCCUCCCUGAACGCUUUGAGAGCCUCUGGUGUGGACAUAGAGGAGGAGACAGAGAAGAACCUGGAAAAGGUGCAGACCAUUGUUGAACAUCUGCAGGAAAAAAGACGAGAGGGCACUUUAAGAGUGGACACCUACACCCUAGUGCAGCCUGAAGCAGAAGGCCACGCGCAGGGCUACCGGACCGUGCCCAUUUACCCCACCUACAAUGAAGUGCACUUGGACGAGAGGCCCUUCCUUCGGCCCAACAUCAUCUCUGGAAAAUACGACAGCACAGCCAUCUACCUGGAUACCCACUUCCGACUCCUGCGAGAAGACUUUGUCAGACCCCUACGGGAAGGCAUUCUAGAGCUUCUGCAAAGCUUUGAAGACCAGGGCCUGAGGAGGAGGAAGUUCGACGACAUCCGAAUCUACUUCGAUGCCAGGAUUAUCACGCCUGUGUGCUCGUCUUCAGGCAUCGUCUACAAGGUUCAGUUUGACACAAAGCCACUGAAGUUUGUUCGCUGGCAGAACUCCAAGCGGCUGCUCUAUGGGUCUUUGGUGUGCAUGUCCAAGGACAACUUUGAAACAUUCCUCUUUGCCACUGUCUCUAACCGGGAGCACGAAGACCUGUGCCGAGGAAUUGUGCAGCUCGGCUUCAACGAGCAGAGCCAGCAGCUGCUCGCGGAGGUGCAGCCUUCGGACUCUUUCCUGAUGGUGGAGACCACGGCUUACUUUGAGGCCUACAGGCAUGUCCUGGAGGGGCUCCAGGAGGUGCAGGAGGAGGACGUGCCCUUCCAGAGGAACAUCGUGCAGUGCGACUCUCACGUGGAAAAGCCCAGGUACUUGCUGAUGGGGGGCAGAUACGAUUUUACCCCCUUAAUAGAGAACCCGUCAGUCACUGGGGACUCUCUGAGGAACGCCGAGGCCUUGAGACAUGCGAGAGUUAACAUCCUAGACUCUGGCCAGUGGCCCUCCAAAGAAGCCCUGAAGCUGGACGACUCCCAGAUGGAAGCCUUGCAGUUCGCUCUCACGAGGGAGCUGGCCAUCAUUCAAGGACCUCCUGGAACAGGCAAAACCUAUGUGGGGCUAAAGAUUAUCCAGGCCCUUCUAACCAACGAGUCUGUGUGGCAGAUCAGCCUGCAGAAGUUCCCCAUCUUGGUCGUGUGUUACACCAACCAUGCUUUGGACCAGUUUCUGGAAGGCAUCUACAAGUGUCAGAAAACCAGCAUCGUGCGUGUAGGCGGAAGAAGCAACAGUGAAAUCCUGAAGCAGUUCACUCUGAGGGAGCUGAGGAACAAGCGGGAAUUCCGCCGCAACCUGCCCAUGCACCUGCGCAGGGCCUACAUGAGCAUCGUGACCCAGAUGAAGGAGUCAGAGCAGGAGCUGCAUGAGGGGGCGCAGACGUUGGAGUGCACAAUGCGUGGUGUCCUGCGCGAGCAGUACCUGGAGAAGUACAUCGCCCCCCACCACUGGGAGAGCCUGAUGAACGGACCAGCGCAGGACAGUGAGUGGAUUUACUGCCAGCACUGGAAGCAUUCCAUGAUGCUGGAGUGGCUGGGUCUGGGUGUCGGUUCUUUCACCCAGAACGCUGCCCCAGCAGGACCUGAGAGUACAGCACAGGCAGAAGGGGAAGAGGAGGAGGAAGGCGAGGAGGAAGGCUCGCUGAUUGAAAUUGCAGAAGAGGCCGACCUGAUUCAAGCAGACCGAGUGAUUGAGGAGGAAGAAGUGAUAAGGCCCCGGCGGCGGAAGAAGGAGGAAAAUGGGGCAGACCAGGAACUGGCCAAGAUGCUUCUGGCUAUGAGACUGGACCACUAUGGCCCUGGGACAGCAGCUGGACAGGAUCAAGCCACAGGAGAGUGGGAGACCCAGCGCAACCAGAAAAGGAAAAUGAAGAAGAAAGUGAAGGUUGAGCUUCGCAAACUGAACACCAUGACUGAGGCUGAGGCCAAUGAAGUCCAGGACGUCUGGCAGCUGGACCUGAAUUCUCGCUGGCAGCUUUAUAGGCUGUGGUUACAGAUGUACCAGGCCGACACGCGCCGCAGGAUCCUCAGCCACGAACGGCAGUACCGCUCGUCAGCAGAGAGAAUGGCGGAGCUGAGACUCCAGGAAGACCUGCACAUCCUGAAAGAUGCCCAGGUUGUAGGAAUGACGACCACAGGUGCUGCCAAAUACCGUCAGAUUCUGCAGAAGGUGGAGCCGCGCAUCGUGAUUGUGGAGGAGGCCGCCGAGGUCCUGGAGGCCCACACCAUCGCCACGUUGAGCAAGGCCUGCCAGCACCUGAUUCUGAUUGGGGACCACCAGCAGCUACGCCCCAGUGCCAAUGUGUAUGACCUGGCCAAGAACUUCAACCUUGAGGUGUCCCUUUUUGAACGGCUGGUCAAAGUCAACAUUCCCUUUGUCCGUCUGAAUUACCAGCACCGCAUGCGUCCUGAGAUCGCCCGCCUCCUGACCCCGCACAUCUACCAGGACCUGGAGAAUCACCCCUCCGUCCUCAAAUAUGAGAAUAUCAAGGGGGUCUCGUCCAACCUUUUCUUCAUAGAACACACCUUUCCCGAACAGGAGAUCCAAGAGGGCAAAAGCCAUCAGAACCAGCACGAGGCUCACUUUGUGGUGGAGCUGUGCAAGUACUUCCUGUGCCAGGAGUACCUGCCUUCCCAGAUCACCAUCCUCACCACCUACACCGGGCAGCUCUUCUGCCUGCGCAAGCUCAUGCCCACCAAGACGUUUGCUGGGGUCAAGGUCCACGUCGUGGACAAAUACCAAGGGGAGGAGAACGACAUCGUGCUCCUCUCUCUGGUGCGGAGCAACCAGGAGGGCAAGGUGGGUUUCCUGCAGAUCUCCAACCGCAUCUGUGUGGCCCUGUCGCGCGCCAAGAAGGGCAUGUACUGUAUCGGAAACAUGCAGAUGCUGGCCAAGGUGCCCUUGUGGAGCAGGAUCAUCCACACCCUCCGAGAGAACAACCAGAUAGGCCCCGCCCUCCGGCUGUGCUGCCAGAACCAUCCUGAGACCCACACGUCAGUGUCCAAAGCUUCUGACUUCCAGAAAGUGCCCGAAGGGGGCUGCAGCCUGCCCUGCGAGUUCCGGCUGGACUGUGGGCACGUGUGCACCCGCGCCUGCCACCCCUACGACUCCGCGCACAAGGAGUUCCAGUGCAUGAAGCCGUGCCAGAAGGUGCUUUGCCAGGAUGGGCACCGGUGCCCCCUCGUGUGCUUCCAGGAGUGUCAGCCUUGCCAGGUGAAGGUGCCUAAAACCAUCUCCCGCUGCGGCCACCAGCAAAUGGUCCCUUGUUCCGUGUCGGAGGCCGACUUCUGCUGCCAGGAGCCUUGUCCCAAGGUCCUGAGGUGUGGGCACAGGUGCAGCCACCCCUGUGGCGAGGACUGUGUGCGGCUGUGUUCAGAAAUGGUCACCGUGAAGCUCAAGUGCGGGCACAGCCAGAAGGUGAAGUGUGGCAACGUGGAGGAUAUCAAGUACGGCCUGCCGGUCAAGUGCACCAGCAGGUGCGGCACCAUCUUGGACUGUGGGCAUCCCUGCCCCGGCUCCUGCCACAGCUGCUGUGAAGGGCGCUUCCACGAACGCUGCCAGCAGCCGUGCAAGCGCCUGCUCAUCUGCUCUCACAAGUGCCAGGAGCCGUGCAUCGGCGAGUGCCCGCCCUGCCAGCGCACGUGCCAGAACCGCUGUGUCCACAGCCAGUGCAAAAAAAAGUGUGGGGAGCUCUGCACCCCCUGCGUGGAGCCGUGCAUCUGGCGCUGCCAGCACUACCAGUGCACCAAACUCUGCUCCGAGCCCUGCAACCGACCGCCAUGCUACGUGCCUUGUACUAAGCUGCUGGCUUGUGGCCACCCCUGCAUCGGUCUGUGUGGGGAGCCGUGCCCCAAGAAGUGUCGCAUCUGCCACCAGGACGAGGUCACGCAGAUCUUCUUCGGCUUUGAGGACGAGCCCGACGCCCGCUUCGUGCAGCUGGAAGACUGCAGCCACAUCUUCGAGGUGCAGGCCCUGGACCGCUACAUGAACGAGCAGAAGGAGGACGAGGUCGCCAUCAGGCUGAAGGUGUGUCCGGUCUGCCAGGUGCCCAUCCGCAAGAACCUGCGGUACGGAGCCAGCAUCAAACAGCGGCUGGAGGAGAUCGAGGUGGUCAAGGAAAGGAUCCAGGGCUCAGCCAGGGAGAUCACAGCCGACCAGCAGCGCCUGCAGGCCCUGCUGGCGGGGAAGCACCUCCUGCAGCAGCAGCUUCCGGAAGACUUCCUGAUGCUGAGCGAGAAGCUGGCGCAGGAGAGUCUGUCGGUCAGGGACCUGGGCCUCAUGGAGAACUACGUCAGCUUCUACGACCGCCUGGCCAGCCUCUGGGAUUCCCUGAAGAACGUGCAUGUGCUGGAACGAGACAGAGUGAGGACUCGGCUGGAGCAGGUGCACAGCUGGCUGGCCAGGAAGCGCCUGAGCUUCAGCAGCCAGGAGCUGAGCGACCUGCAGAGUGAAAUGCAGAGGCUCACGUACCUGCUGAGCCUCCUGAGCAGCUGCAAGAUGGCGGAGGGCAGGCUGAAAGGUCAGGUCGCAGAGGAGGUCCACAGGCUCCGGGAUGUCCUGGAGAGAACGUCCAAGUUCACCCCGGAGGAUGAGGAGCUCGUGCAGAGGAAGAUGAAGGCGCUGAAGGCCCACCUGCCCUGCUCUGGCCUGGGCGUCUCGGAGGAGGAGCGGGUGCAGAUCGUCAGGGCCAUGGGCUUGCCUCGGGGCCACUGGUUCAAGUGCCCCAAUGGCCACAUCUACGUGAUCGGCGACUGUGGGGGGGCCAUGCAGCGGGCCACUUGUCCUGACUGCAAGGAGGUGAUUGGCGGCGUAAACCACACUCUGGAACGGAGCAACCAGCUGGCGUCUGAGAUGGACGGAGCCCAGCACCCUGCCUGGUCGGACACGGCCAACAACCUGAUGAACUUCGAGGAGAUCCAGAGGAUGAUGUAGGGAGGGGCGCACGGCGGCUGGGCUCAGCUCCAGCGUCCAGUUUUUUACACUCGUCCUUUAGUCCUAGCACCUAUUUAAGGAUCCACUCUUAGGGCUUGGCCACAUUUAUUUCUAGAUUCACCCUGCGCUAGAGUAAGCACUUUACCUCCAGAACUGAGAGCAGAAGUAACGGCUCUCCCCUCUUCCUCUCCUACACCUUAGGGGAGGCCCCCUGGAGCAGGUCCGGGGCUUCCACCCAGGGCUGCCCAGCGGCCACCCAGGGUCCCGCCUCGGUCAGAGCUUCCUUCCGAGGUGUUCCUGGGGUGCAGUCUGGGCUCAGCAAAGCUGACGGAUUCUAACUGCCAGGCCCCGACUUGCAGACUGACUUUGAUCCCAAUAAACAGAGGCCCAGAGGAGUUGUUCAUGAACUGCUCAUCUCUUCAAGGAGCACAAGAAUCCCUCCUGCCGCCGCCUCAGCCAGAGGCCUGUGAUCCGACAGACGUCGCCCACGCACCCUGACUCAGUUACAUGUUCACCACAGCUGAGGACUUCAGCAGGCCCAGGCUGAGGCGUGGCCCCGUACCCUUUCCUGUCACUUGCACUUCGGGAUGAGGCUCCAAGCUGCCGCAGGAGAGGCUCCGUGGCAGUGCUGGGUCCCCCUGGGGCCCUGAGUGGGGUUAAACUCACGAAGGUGUGAGCCUUUGUCCCAGCACCUUCUCUCACAGCUUCUGCCUGGGCAGGGGUAGCACGCCAGCGGCUUCUGCAAGCCCCACACGUGAGCUGGAAGCCAGCCCCAGGCCUGUCUCCGCGUCCCCGCGGCCCAGUGCUCCUUAGAACACUUAGGCAUCUCAGGUCCUUUCUAACGUCGGCAAGAAAAACAUCCCUUUCCUACGUAUGCAUUUCCUUUUUGUCUUUACUAUGCACUUUAGCCUAUAAAGCCAAUUAAUAAAAACGAUGAUUCAAAAAACCAGUGGUCCAUGUUCUGAC